GUAACCCAGAAAUGUGUGCACAGAGCAGACACCUGCGGUGGCCCUAAAAUCUGCAGCACAGCUCCUAGAAUAGCAACAGCCAGGAGCAGAAACACUGGAGCAAGGGGCAUUGCAGAGAGGAUUCACCACCCCGUCUGUUGGGGGUAUUGUUUUCUACUAUUGCUGGUGUCCUUUCAGUGGCAGUUCCACCAGGAAGAUAAUUUUCGUGCACCUGGCUUUUGGUUGUAUUUUCUUGGAUUAUCGUUUGACUGAGGACUCGGCUCUUUCAUCCCCUCUCCCCCGUAGCUCUUUGGGUGCAGAUGCACUAGAGAAAGUUGAUUUGUAAAAAGUCUUUUAAUGAAGAGAGAGGCUCCCGGAGAGCGGUAGAACAAUGGUUAUGAAACUGGAUUCUGUACGAAUGUGGAGACCAUAUGAACCUCUGAUUGGACCCCACCAUUUCCUGUUGUAUGAAGGAAGGUGCUUUGCCCCUGGGGAACAACUUCUGUAGGCUGACAUGGCAAUGAUGAGAUCCGACUUGGGCAUUAUGAAGAUCCUUCGCUUGAAGAAGAGAGGCUGUUUUCUGCUGAAGCUUUUGUGUCUGGUUGUCUUGGCGUUAAUCUUUUGUGAAUUCUUAGUUUAUUAUGUGGUGAUAUUUCAGUGUCAUUGGCCAGAAGUUAAAAUAGAAGCUCACAGGAGCAGCAAACAGUCUUCGGCUUCUGUCUUGAAGGCCAUGUUUUUAUCUGAUACCCACCUGCUUGGUGAAAUCAAAGGGCAUUGGCUAGACAAAUUAAGAAGGGAAUGGCAAAUGGAGAGAGCCUUCCAAACUGCCUUGUCAUUACUGGAGCCAGAUAUUGUUUUCAUCCUAGGAGACGUCUUUGAUGAAGGAAAGUGGAGCUCCUCCCAGGCUUGGGCAGAUGAUGUCAGGCGGUUUCAGAAAAUGUUCCGACAUCCAGUUCGCACUGAGCUAAUGGUUGUUGUUGGCAACCAUGACAUUGGCUUUCACUACGAAAUGACCACUUACAAGUUAAAACGGUUUGCAAAAGUUUUCAACUUCACCUCAGGAAAGCUAAUAACCCGGAAGGGGGUAAAUUUUGUCAUGGUGAACAGUGUUGCCCUGGAAGGUGAUGGGUGCACUGUCUGCAGCAGGGCAGAGGCAAAGCUCAUGAAGCUUUCUCAUAAACUGAAUUGCUCCCAACAGCAGGAACAGAAUCAUUCCAACAAAAGGUGCAGUGGUGUGGAACAGCUUCCAGCUUCAGAACCAAUCCUUUUACAGCAUUACCCUCUUUACAGAAGAAGUGACGCUGAAUGUACUGGAGAAGAUUCUGCUCUUCCAGAGGAAAAGAACAUCCCAUUUAAAGAAAAGUAUGAUGUACUUUCUAGAGAGGCUUCACAAAAGCUGUUAUGGUGGUUUCAUCCCCGUUUGAUUCUGAGUGGCCAUACCCACAGUGCAUGUGAAGUGUUGCAUAAUGGGAAGAUUCCAGAAAUCAGUGUCCCAUCAUUUAGUUGGAGGAACAGAAACAACCCUAGUUUCAUCAUGGGCAGCAUAACACCAACCGACUUCUCCCUCUACAAGUGUUUCCUUCCACUUGAGAGCAGAGUUGUUACUAUAUACUGUAUAGCAGGGGCUCUACUCGGGGUACUGAUACUAGCUCAUCUUCAACUUCUCAAUCCACCUUUUUAUUUUGCUCAGCACUUAAUCAGGAAGCAUAAAGCAGUAUGAAGAGCCAGACAGCUGCAUUCAGUCACUGAAAUACCAAAGCUGAGAACAGUCAAACAUCAGACUAUAUUCAUGCCAGCAAAUGACCUAAUUGGAUUGUUAAUCCGAAGGCAGGUCGCAUUUACACAUACCAUAGAAAUCCUACACAGUUGAUAUGACUACUACAGGAUAAAUAAUUAACUGAAAUGAACUGUUUUCAUGCUGUACAAAAAUACAGUAUUCUACAAUCAAAUGAGUCCAUUUCCUUGCUAUAAUUUUUGUAUCAAAUAUGUAUACUAAAAGUUUGUAACUGUACAUUAUGUAAAUCCUACAGCCUCUGCACUAGAAUGUCCUACCUGGGAGGAGGCAUAGUCUUUCAAGCUGGAACCAUCACUGUAUGUUUUAUUGCUACAUGCCCUUCUAAUGUGAUACUUCUGUUUCUUAAUGUCAGCAGGAGAUAGAUACAUCAGUGGAUUUCCUUAGCAUUCCUAAGCUGUCACACACAAAAAACUGUUGUUUGGGAGAAAUCCCUGCUGCGUUAGUAGUUGUAGAUUGUAAUCCCCUGUCUGCCAGACCAUCUUUCCACCCCUCCAGGGUCUACUUGCCAAAACACUUCAGCCCUUCCAAAAAUUUGGGUGGAACCUCUCACGCUGCUCUUUUUAAUAAAAUGUGCUAUGAUAAUCUUAAACUACAGGGCCCUAUUGCACCCUAUAGGUCAAUGUGGAGAGGUUUUCCCCAACAAAGGAGGUCAGAUACUGCUGCAGUAACAUUUUCCCAUAGUUUCAUGGUGGAGGACCAGGUGCACAUUAUGCCCCUGUAGGAUUCCAAAAGAAUGUUAACAAAACUUGGUUAUAUUAAUGCAGAGCCAGCUUUGGGCUGUAAUGUCAACUUUAAUGGAGUUUUGGGGAUUGCUUUGUAGGGGAAAGCUGUAGCAGCAGAGCUCCAUUGGAGCCACAGCAAUCCUCAGAGCUGGCGUAGUUGAGGCUCUCUGCCUCUGGGUCGCUAGAUUGCAAAAAUCUAGAAGCCAGAAUCCCUGCUGCUUUAUGGGGACAGGAUAGACAAAUACAAUUACAAGAAAAACCAU